AUGUUACCUUAUCCAGGCAACGCCCACAUCGAUCCCUUGGAAAUCCAAAUCAGGGAAAGACAUGGUUACUGCAACGCCAUCGAGGCAGGACCAAGUAUCCAGCCAUGGUACCAGGAUGUUAAGAGGUUCUUGAAAACACAAGAAUACCCUGAACAUGCUACUGGAGAUCAGAAGAGAACUAUUAGGCGGCAGGCAAGUGGAUUCUUUUUGAGCGGUGAGAUAUUGUAUAAAAGAACCCCUGAUCUCAACUUAUUAAGAUGUGUUGACGCCGAAGAAGCAGGCAGGAUCAUGCAUGAAGUACAUGCAGGGGUGUGUGGACCUCAUAUGAACGGGAAGAUAUUGCCCAGGGGAGCAUUAUAUCUAGGUGAUAUUGAAGGAAAAGAUCCCGACACAGCCGUGAAUGCAGAUGCA